GCUAAACCUAGAACAUUGUCGUGUUUCCAUAGUCAACAUUUGUCCUAACUAUAAAUAAACACACAUUUUACACUCUUCCUCACACCAAAGCACAUAAGCGUGUAGCAAUUUCAUAAACUAGAGCAUUUCAAAUGGCUUCUUAUAGCUUCUUUUUUCUUCAUGUGUUAGUCAUGUUUUCUCUAGCAAGCAUGACACUUUCGAAUUCUCUUUCACCUUAUUUCUACGAUCAUGUUUGUCCUGAAGCUUUGCCAGCCAUAAAACGAGUCGUUGAGGAUGCAGUCAGGCAAGAGAGGCGAAUGGGUGCCUCUUUGCUACGUUUACAUUUUCAUGAUUGUUUCGUCAAUGGAUGUGACGGUUCAAUUCUUUUAGACAAAACGUCUACCAUUGACAGUGAAAAGACUGCAGUACCUAAUAACAAUUCUAUUAGAGGAUUUGACGUGAUUGACAAAAUCAAGUCGGAGGUUGAUAAAUGUUGUGGACGUUCUAUUGUGUCUUGUGCAGACAUUGUCGCUGUUGCAGCUCGUGACUCUGUAGUUGCGUUAGGUGGACCAACAUGGGAAGUGCCACUGGGAAGAAGGGAUUCCACUACAGCAAGUAGAACCACAGCCAACAAUGAUAUCCCAACUCCAUUCAUGGACUUACCUGCACUUAUCAACAACUUCAAGAAGCAAGGUUUGGAUGAGAAAGAUCUCGUCGCUCUCUCUGGAGGACAUACACUAGGGUUUGCUCAGUGUUUCACCUUCAGGAACCGCAUCUACAAUGAGACUAACAUCGACUCCACUUUUGCAAGACAACGCCAAGCCAAUUGUCCACGCAGUGGAGGCAAUUCCAACCUUGCUCCACUCGAUCCAACUCCAGCUCUUUUCGACUCAAAAUAUUUUAGUAACUUGGUAUCCAAGAAAGGACUUCUGCACUCUGAUCAAGCACUGUUUAACGGAGGUCAGACUGAUAAUCUUGUUAAGAAAUAUAGUAUCAACCUCGGGAGUUUCUCUAAAGAUUUUGUCGAUUCUAUGAUUAAGAUGGGAAAUAUCAAGCCAUUGAUAGGGAAUCAAGGCCAAAUUCGCGUAAACUGCAGGAAGGUGAACUAAGAGUUGGUAAUUGAUGAUGUUGAUCAUGAAUAAAGCGUUUCAAGAAUUUGAUUGUUUUCAAGUGUAAUUGUGAUCUUUUAUCAAAAGCCUCUCUUGACUCUUCCAUCAAAUUGUAGAGUUGUGUGGUAAUUUUUUCAUUAGUGAGAGAUUGGAUCUUGUUGUUUUGAUUGCUCAAUAAAUCGAAGAUGUGUUUUGAAUGAACGAGUUCCUUUUACCUUUGAUGUACUAUUGAUUAUUUUGAAAGAUUUCUUGCAUGUUGAUAGAUUUUAGUGA